AUGUCAUCAACUUUCUUUUCCACUUGGCGUCGGCAACCGGUUAUAGUAGGUGGGUUACCCAAAUUAACCGGUAAAAAUCAAGGUUAUACUCUUAGAUGCAAAAAACAUGAGACUUUAAAGAAAGAGUGUUCAGUUUGGCUUUUAUCCCUUCAAAGUUCCAGUGGAAGAAUUAGGGCACGCUUUGCUCAGUCAAGUUUUCAAAAUCAUACUACAAUCUCAUACCUGCAAUUGAAAUUUUCGGGAUAG